GAUUUUCUUUCCUUCUUCUGGGUUAACUUAAUCUUGUAUCAAACAAAAAGGCCAGCCAUUGUUGCUAAGCAAAUCGUUUUCUUUAGGACAGAAAAGGAAAUGGAGUCACUUGUCACUGCCAACCUAUCUUUAUCUCUUCCUCUGUCAUCUUUGUCUCUCUAGAAUGCUCAGAUUCACAGUGUACAUGAAUCCAAGCAACGAUUGCUGUAUUGGAAAAAAUAGGAAGGAAAAGCCGCAGCAGAAGUUGACAGCCGGCUUAUAUUUGAUUAUCUUCAAUUUCUAUAUAGGAAUCAUCGCCAUUUAUCAGUACAAAAUCUCAUCAAAACAAAACCACUAGUAUAUAUGCCUAUACUUGGAAGACUCCCAAGUGUUCAACUCCAAAAAGAGAGAAAUGAAACACAUUAUAAUUCGAGUUCUGCUUUUACUUUCUGUUUCAUUGGCAACUUCUAAUCUAAUCCAUGAAGAUUUUCUGCAAUGCAUGGCAACCCAAUUCAGUGCGUAUACCAAAUCUUUGGAAAUCAUCUUCACUGGUAACUCUCCUUUGUAUUCAUCUCUCCUGCAAUCUUCUCAGCAAAAUCCAAGAUGGUUGAAUUCCACAACCCAAAAACCUAUUAUGAUCAUAGUACCAUUCCAUGAGUCUGAAAUUCAAGCAGCUAUUGCAUGUAGUAAAGUGCAUGAACUACAAGUCAGGGUUAGAAGUGGUGGCCAUGACUAUGAAGGCCUAUCCUACAGAUGCAAAGCCCCGUUCAUCAUUAUCGAUCUCAUCAAUUUCCGGUCAAUAGAGAUCGAUUUACAACAUGAAACAGCAUGGGUGCAAUCUGGGGCAACGCUUGGUGAGCUUUACUAUGCCAUUGCAAAGAUGAGUAAUGUACAUGGAUUCCCAGCAGGAUUAUGUCCUACUGUUGGGGUUGGUGGGCACUUUAGUGGAGGUGGGUUUGGUACCUUGGUGAGGAAGUAUGGCCUUGCAGCAGACAAUAUUGUGGAUGCUUACUUGAUUGAUGUCAAUGGAAGAAUUCUUGAUAGAAACGCCAUGGGAGAGGAUUUGUUUUGGGCCAUUAGAGGAGGUGGAGGAGCAAGCUUUGGAAUCAUUCUCUCAUGGAAAGUCAAGCUGAUUGGAGUACCACCAAUUGUGACAUGUUUCACCAUAUCGAAAACAAUGGAGGAAGGCGCUUCUAAGCUUGUCUAUAGGUGGCAAUACAUUGCAGAUAAACACCAUGAGGAUCUAUUCAUCAGAAUACUUGUACAAAAUAUAGCAGGAGAAAGCAAGGGGAAUAAGAAAAUCAUCCAGGCUUCCUUCAAUUCAUUGUUUCUUGGGCGAAUUGACAGGCUGAUUCAAUUGAUGAAUGAAAGCUUCCCGGAGUUGGGAUUGAAGGCUGAGGACUGCAGUGAAAUGAGUUGGAUUGAAUCAACCCUAUAUUUUGCCGGUUUUCAAAAGGGGCAGCCUCUUGAGGUAUUGCUAGGCAAAACUCCAUUAUACAAGAGCAAUUUCAAGGCAAAAUCAGACUUUGUGACACAACCUAUACCUGAAGAUGGGCUAGGAGGAAUAUGGGAGAUAUUUUUGAAAGAAGAAAUGGCUUUCAUGAUAAUGGAUCCUUUUGGGGGAAGAAUGAACGAAAUUUCAGAAUCUGAAAGCCCGUUUCCACACAGAAAAGGCAAUUUGUACAAUAUACAAUACCUAGUCAAGUGGAAUAUAGAUGGGCAAAGAAAAUCAAAAAGGCAUGUAAAGUGGAUUAGAAUGCUUUACCAGUAUAUGGAGCCAUAUGUUUCCAAGUCUCCCAGGACUGCAUAUCUCAACUACAGGGAUCUUGAUUUGGGGACCAAUAAUCAUGCCAACACAAGUGACUCGGCAACAAUUGCUUGGGGAAUGAAGUAUUUCAAGGGCAACCUGGAGAGAUUGGUACAAGUCAAGAGCAGAGUUGAUCCAGACAAUUUCUUCAGAAGUGAGCAGAGUAUCCCUGUAACAGUGUAACUUCUUAAGGGUUUGGCAAAUAAAAAUAAACUCGUCAAGAUAUGAUAUUAUUACAAAUUUUGGAUGAAAGAAAAAAAAAAUCUCUCGCCUUGUAGGACAGACAUCCCAACUGAAUGUCUUGAUGAGCACAUCCAUUACCCUUUGACACAGAGUAGGUCAAGCGGCCUAUUAGAAAACUUUACAUCUGGGGCAUCCGCCACACAUAUUCUUUGACAUUAUCUCAUUUGAGUUUACUCCUUAGCCAUUAAAAUUUUAUGUUAACUAUCAACCUCUCAACAGCGAUGAAAAACAGUCGCAGGACAUCAAAAAAUCAUCUCACAGUCAAAGUUAACAGUUAGAAAUUCACUCUUUGAAAAGAAAUUAAAACAGUCAACAAUCACAUUUGACAGUACCAUAAACUAACCCAGACUCGCAACCAAAUGCAAGGUAACAACAAGGCACCCAAAAUUAGAAUAGAAGAUGACAAUGUAAAACACGACUAGUAUGUAUCCAAAUAGUACACAUAAUAAGUGUACCUUUUCUUCUAUAAGAGAUAAUAAUGUAACUGAACGCACGCUCUUUGUAAAUCUUCAGGUACUUGGAUCGAGCAUCUCUUCUCAAGCAGCAUGUCGAGGAGCACAAACGUCAAAAAUCAAAUAUGAGUCCCCCAAACCAUAAGGAUCCAUCCCAAGAAAACUUAACCGCCCCUAAUAAGUAGUUUACUUGAACUUCUUAAUAAGAUUUACACAUAAACAAGUGAUUCCUUGCAAUCUCUAUUAUUCCAAAACCAAAUAGGAUUCACAAUAAGCAAAUUUCAUUUCUUGUAUUGUUUUUCUCAAAAAAUUCAACAUCAGUUAAGGCUACAUUUGUAUAGGCAACAUGGAUGGAAAUGAAAAUAGAUGCGACUUCAUUUACAUAUUUACUCUAGCAAAAAUGGCCAACAGAAAGCACUGCCAUAAGCUGUCUCAAAAAUGCGCCCAGCCACCCAUACCUCAGGAAUUUCCAACCAUUCUAACUUAAUGGCAUACAAACAAUUUGCAUUAACAAGUUCAAACUAUCAAUAACUAGCCUCAUAGUAUCCAUCUCAUUUCGGACGCGCACCAGCAGGUCGUAGGAGGCUAAAUGACAAGGCCUGUUGCUCCUUGCUAAGCCGACAAAACCAGUUUCGUAUAUGAUCAGCUGUAGCUGACUGAUAUGGAAUGGGUGUACGCAUCAGAUCAUCCUGAACAACUUUCUCAAACUCGAGAGAGAAGCCCAAGCAAAGCAUUCACAGUGGCAAUUUGUAUGGGAAGACCUACUAUAGUAGAAUCCCGCCACAGGAAAGCACACAACUUACAUCUCAAGUGUUCAACUCCUUUAUCUUCAAAUCCACCAGCAUCAACUCCAA